AUGGCGACGCCCUCCGCGACCGCGACCGUAACAGCGACGACGACCGCCACAGGCAAGCCGGCCUUCGAGUUCCCGCGCGAGUACCACUUCCCGCCCUUCUUCACGCGGCAGGUCAACAGCACGACGCGCCACAGCCAGCUGGAGAAGUGGUCGUCGCUGAUCCUGGCCUACUGCGCGCACCACCGGCUGUUCCGGCUGUCGCUCAGCGGCAGCAGCAGCGGCGCCACCGAGGAGCUGUUCCACAACCGCGCCCUGGGCCGCCGCCUGGGCCUGGCCGACGCCCGCGAGGUCCUCGAGUUCAUGCGCCGCGAGGGCCGCGCCGAGUGGGUGUCCGGCGGCAGCGGCGGUAGCGGCGGCGGUGACGGUGCGGGCGACGGAGGCGGCGAUGUCGUCUGGGUGUACUGGAAGACGCCCGAGGAGUGGGCGCGCGAGCUCGAGGGCUGGGUCGACGCCACGGGCCAGAAGAACGCCGUGCUGACGCUGUACGAGCUGACCGAGGGCGAGACGACGUUGGGCACGGAGUUCCAUGGCCUGGACCCGGACCUGUUACAAAAGGCGCUGCAGGUCCUCGUCAAGCGAGGCAAGGCGCAGGUAUUCGGACAGGAGGACCAACGGGGUGUCAAGUUCUUCUGA